AUGAAGACAACUACUCUUGCCCUUGUACAGGCCUCUCUUCUCUCAAUUGCCCAUACAGCUCCUGCUCCAACUGGAACCCCUUUCGUCGAGGUCGAUAAUGUUUCUCCGCCAAACCCUGUCAUUACAGCUUCCCCGACCAAGCUUUCUCCUUCUCGUGUAGUGAAUCGAGGAAUCUUGAGUGACGUUGAACAAGACAUCGAUAGUGUCCUCUCGGGGCUUGGGACUGACGUGCCCACGUGGGUCGCUUCUGGAGUACCCAACUAUUUUCAAGGUUUCCCAACUGGAGAUGCAGUUGUGAGCUCUCUCGGCUUGGAAAGUUCAGAACUGGCAGCAGUACCAACCAAUGUAUUGAACAUCGAUCCGUAUGCCAAUUGGACCAGCUCAGGCUGGAACGUUCGUUUCCAUGGAAACGUCUACAAGCAGCCAAACACUUCCGUCUCGGAUUUGAACAAGCUUGCCGAUGUAUUCCUCGUCGAUACUAGUAUCAAGGACCUUCCUGAAUCCGAGGCAGACCAGGCACGCAACCUGACUGCUGAGAUUUUUGUUGUCCAGCAGGGGCAUGUUGCCGUGAACACGAUCCACCUUGAACCUGGAGCAGGUCAGGGUUCCAGCGGACAGGCAGGUGGUGGUGGUUCAUCCAAUACAACAGGUGGCACGCAAGAUGUUACUCUGCCAUACAACACGACAAUUGAAGGCGAUUUCGACACCUUUGUACAGAUCAAAAGCAAUGGCCUCACCGCUGGAAAUGAAACCUCCGCCAUCCAGCGACUUGACACCCACAUUGAAGGUGCAAGUAUCGGAAAUAGCACUGCCUAUCUUGUGCCACCAACCGGCCUCACAGUCAUUUCAGACGUUGACGAUAUUCUGCGUGUGACCAAGAUCUACGAGCCGACGCAGGGACUACUCAAUUCUUUCGCACGUGCAUUCACACCCUGGGAGAACAUGCCAGAUAUUUACCGCAACUGGUCCACCAGCCUGCCCGACUUGCACUUCCACUACCUCACUACUACCCCCGAGCAAGUCACAAGGAACUACAUGCAGUUCAUCUACACAAACUACCCCGGCGGCUCCUUUGACACCCGUCCCCUGAACUUCAGUGACGUCUCAGCCACCCUCUCAAUUCGAAAGUUCCUGCUACAAAAGAUCUUCGAAACUUUCCCCGAGCGAAAGUUCAUCCUCGUUGCAGACACCAGCAACAGCGAUGUCAUGCGCGACUACCCAGAGAUGGCCACAGACUUCCCGGGCCAAGUCCAAUGCAUCUUCCUACGCAACACUUCUUCGACUGAUUCAGGGGACAAGUUCCCCUACGACACAUCUGGAUUCAAAAGCCUGAACCAGUCCCAGUACAUGUUCUUUAAAAACUCAGAUGACCUGGCCAACUUGGACAUUGCAAAGGGACAGUGCUAUAACACGUCUAUUGCCCAGAAUUUGACCUUCAGCUACCAGGGACUGCCCCUUGGACUAGGAUCUACCGCCGAAGUCAACGGGUCAGCAAAUCACACCGGAGCUGCAAGCGCACUUUCUUCAAAUGAGUCUGUCGGCGCGCAUAGCCUUAUGGCGUUGAUUGCAGCGAUAUCCACGGCUGCUUUUAUGUUCUUGUAG